AAACUGUCCGGCCAACCUCACCGGGUCGGUAUCGAGUGAUGUGAUUCCUCACACAGAAGGAGCUAGCGCUGCCUCCAAUGCUUAGUGCGAACCCCGUGCGACAUUCACACGUCUGAAACCCUAUACUGCAUUGGCAAGCGCGAUUGGAGAAAACUUGGCGGUGUCAGAGAAAAAGAAGCAGUCAGUCUUUGCAAUAUUUUCAGCUUACACGCCUAGUCCGCGGGUCCGCUCUAUCAGUUUCCUCGUCCGUCUUCCAGCAGUCGUGUUUGUGAAUUUCGCUGCUUCCCCUUGGAAUAAUUUGUCUCAAGUUCCACAUUUCCGUCACGUCCGUAAAAAAAAGUGCUCUCUGCUCGUUGCAGUUCCCCCAGCCCAAACAGUCGAUAUCCAUAGCAAGACGUCCACGGAGCCAUGGCGAUCCUAAUCGCUCUAGCAUUGGUUGCGGUUCAAAUUUCGACGAAGGUUCAGCUCACAUCCGGAAGCUCGAGCUUAUCAUUUCACUCAAUGGCUGCCAUUCAGAUAGUCCAGAGCAUGCGCGCACUGAAAACUCUGGGCCCAGAGCAGUGCGAGCAUCUGCCUGGGCUGAGUGACCAUCAGAAAGCGUGGUGCAGGCAACAUCAUGUCUUCAUGCAGCCAAUAGCGCAGGGCACACGCCUUGGACUGGAGGAGUGCAGUCGGCAGUUCCACUAUCAGCGAUGGAACUGUCCGAUGAACAACAGCAUGGCCAUCCAGAAUGCACUCCGUCUGGAUACGGCCGAGGCAGCAUUUUUGCAAUCCAUCCAGUCAGCAGGAAUGAUGCAAGCAGUUGCUCGUGUUUGCAGUCGAGGCAACGUCACCGAAUGGUGUGGCUGCGAUGACUCACCGCAAUAUCGGGCAGGACAGCGGGGUAGCAGCUCCGGGGCAACUUCACUGUCUUCUGCCGACCGACCUGCCCAGGGGGAACCUACUGGUGCUGCUGAUGCCACCGCGGGCAAGUUUGUUUGGGGAGGCUGUGGUGACAAUGUUGACACUGGAUACGCAUAUGGCAGGCAAUUUCUCGGUGAUGGUCAAGUUUUCAGCCCGACUACAAGCCAACCAAAUGAAGUUGCUUCCCAACUGAUGGCACAGCAAAAUCAUGAAGCAGGCAGACAGGCUGUGAGGGCAUCCAUCAGACGGACGUGCAAGUGCAUUGGCCUGACGGGUGCAUGCACAAGCAAGAUCUGCUGGAGGUCUCUACCCACGAUACAGAUUGUCGGCGAGAUUCUGAUGGAGAACUACCGCAAUGCCCGGCAAGUGAAGGUCAAGGCCAAGAAGAAUGCUCUCAGGCUGACUCCAUUGGAUAGGGAUGAAGGUGUCAAGACACGCAUUGUCGCAACAGAGCUCUCCUACGUUCGCCAGUCGCCUGACUACUGUCGGCCCAACACUACCCUCUCGAUAAGUGGUACGCGUGGAAGACAGUGCCAGGAACUGUCGACAGGUGACGACGGCUGCGAAUUGCUCUGCUGCGGACGUGGCUACUACGCCAAGCGCACGGUCACCACAAAGAAGUGCAAGUGCCGCUUCCACUGGUGUUGCCGGGUGGUCUGUGACCAGUGCAUAUCUGCUGAGGAGACAUUCCACUGCAACUAAGCCAGACUUGCAAGUACCACAUGUGUGGCGCAUUGAAUUUGACCUGUAUCAUUCUGGAUGGUUUCAUCACCAAACCGAGUGAACUUCCUUGAAGAUCAGUGCGUACUACACAGGCUGAAACGUGCAGCUUCUCUGCAUAUAAUCAUAUCAAUAUUCUGCACAUCCCCGGAUAUUGGUACCACUGUCAGGUCUUAGGCGAUGAUCACGAUGGUAGUGGCAGUGUAUUUGAAGGACCCCGGUAUUAUUAGAAGACAAAGGAAAUUUUUGAGUCACUACAAGGUUGAUUUGCACAAACUUGGUGAACUAUGUUUAAAACAAUCAAUAAAGCUCAAACCUAAUGCACAGCCCCACACUGUCAACACUUGAUUACGUUGAUAUUUCACUCUAUUCUACCAAUAUUUUCCCCAUUUCUUUUUCAAUGUUAGCACUGUAUAAAGUUCUGGGUUAUUGCUAACAACAGAA